CUGGAGUCCCCGUGGAUGGGGCCGGGCCAGGGCGCUCCAUGGGACUGUCCCACGCCUGUGUGUGCGGGGGAGGACGGUGCCCGCUGUCUGCCAGCCUUAGCCGCUUUGCUACUUGCCUGUAGGGCCCCCGAGGAGUUUGGCACUGGUCAGGGGCUGUUACACCCACGAAACAUUUUCAAAUGGAUUAAGAGUUUGUACGUAGAGUCAUCAGUAAAGAGCGACUUGUCUUAUAAGGAGCACUACAUUGAAGGAUGUCUGGAAGUUUCUACUUUGUGAUAGUUGGUCACCAUGAUAAUCCCAUAUUUGAAAUGGAAUUUCUGCCUCCUGGAAAAGUGGAGUCCAAGGAUGAUCAUCGCCAUCUCAACCAGUUCAUUGCCCAUGCUGCUCUCGACCUAGUAGAUGAGAACAUGUGGCUUUCUAAUAACAUGUAUCUGAAGACUGUGGACAAGUUUAACGAGUGGUUCGUUUCUGCUUUUGUCACAGCUGGACAUAUGAGAUUUAUAAUGCUUCAUGAUGUAAGGCAAGAAGACGGAAUCAAGAACUUCUUUAAUGAUGUCUAUGACUUGUAUAUAAAGUUUGCAAUGAAUCCAUUUUAUGAACUCAAUUCUCCUAUUCGAUCCAGCGCCUUUGAAAGGAAGGUACAGUUCCUUGGGAAGAAACACCUUUUAAGCUGAAUAAACAAACUUCCCGAGUGAGUGCUUUCCCUAUACUUUCCUCAUUAUUGGAACCGUAGUUCUUCUGGUUAGUUCUCAGCAUGUUUGAUACUUACCUUCUGAAGACUGACAAACUGAAGAAGCUUGCCUUUGUUUUUUUUUUGCCGAUGCAGAUAAGAAUGAACAGCUGAGCUUCUCUGGUUAAAACGCGUUCCUUCAAAAAUUUCCUUUCAUGUCCUAUGAAAACUUAAGUUUAAAAAUGUCAGGGGCUAAAUAUUUACAAACUGAGACAUGUGGGUGUCAACAUGUAUGCAAAACCGAAGCCUCUUAUCUGAGGUGGGAGGUAAUCAGAUCUAAUGCCAAAGGUAUCUCCAGUCAUGUGAUUUUAAUAUGAGCAAAAAGGAGUUCUUGACUGUUUGGCCAAAGUGGUUGAUAUUGUGAUAAACUUUUCAACUUGCAGUCCUUUGCUAGAGAACCUACUCUGCAGAAUUAAGGUGACUAACCUUGCUCUUUGUGAUAUUAAAAGGUCUGUAUUUAUAUUGUAAUGUGUAAUGUACAUAUCAUGAUGUACUCAAUAAAAAGAAAACAGGGUGUCUGCAAA